AUGGUAUACUGUGGUAAACCAAGCAAAGGAUGUGGCGAGUGCAGGUCCAGAAAGAUUCGGUGUGACCAAGCCCAACCGGCCUGUUCGCAAUGCACCAGGGCUAAGCGGGACUGUCCCGGAUAUCGGGAUCAACUGGCGUUAAUGUUCCGCGACGAAAGCAAAUCAGUAGUCCGAAAGGCGGUUGCGGCCUCGACACAUAAGAAUAAACAAGAGCGAUCGCGUCGCACUGCAAUCCCAGAAAGGAAACCUGUGCGGUCUGAGCUUGGUCUCGCGGUGGAGCAGGACUUUGACUUCAAUUCUGAUCCACAGCAUGUCUUUCUCAUGCGACAGCUCGGGCCCUACCCAUUGGAGGUCCAGCCAUCAUAUGAGCUUGAUACCACCAAAUAUGAAGCAAUCUGUUAUUUCCUACGAUCUAAUGCCCUGCCCAGCAGUUUCUGGACUAGUGAGAUCAUGUCCAAUUUUUUAUUGCAGAGUGGGGGCCCUGCAGGUCAGAGAGCCAUGAAGGCAAGUGUGGUUGCUACUGCCACGGCUAUGCUCUCGCGAGUAAGAGGGUUACCAUCGCUUAACGAUAUAGCCCGCCAGGAGUAUGGAUCCGCUUUGAGAAUGCUUAAUGCCGCUCUAGCCGACAUAGAGGAGGCGAAAACAAACCAAACCUUGGGCGCUGUCAUAAUGCUUGCCAUAUAUGAAGUGAUUACAUCAAGAACCCCGGAGAGUAUUGACAGCUGGACCAACCAUAUCAAUGGAGCAACAGCUCUGCUCGAUCUACGAGGCACUGAUCAAUUUAAGACCAGCGCCGGUCUUCGCUUGUUUUUGUAUCUUCGAUAUCAGAUUACCAUCAGUUGCCUACAACGAGACGCACGAGUGCCUGAGUCGCUACUCCGAUGCACAGAAAUCACAAUGUUUCUUGAUACAGCAGAAGCUCACGGCAAUCGACUAGUAAUGAUAAUUGGGAAAUUAUCGAAUCUCCGCGCAGACAUCCACACCAAUAUUUACAAAAGUGAGCAGGAAAUCAUAUCAGCAGCGUCGGCCAUCGAAGCCGAUUUAAUUGCCUGGCUGGCAGCUCUCCCCUCCGAAUUUAACUACACCACCCAUGUAAGCUCCCCCUUCGACCUUGCCAUUCAAAAGCAAUUUCGAGGUAUAUCGCCAUACGACGACCAAUACCACGUGUACCCCACCCCCUGGGUCUGCAGUUCGUGGAACCAAUACCGCAGCGCCCGAAUCAUCGUCAGCCAAAUCAUCCUCGCCCGUGUCCGGAAACUAUCCGAAAGUUCCUCUCUUGCCUCAUUGUCCGAAGAGCUUCGUGUCCAAUGCAGGACACUGCGAUCAACGAUUCGGCGGUUGGCCCUGGAGAUCUGUCGCAGUGUUCCGUUUCACUUCAACGUCCACCUAGUAACUAGGGAGUCUAAUAUCCCGCCGCCUGAAAGCUACAUUGGAGGUCUAGUGCUCCUAUGGCAUCUGUUUGUCGCUGGAGUUGUUGAGAGCCCCCAACAUAGGCUGCGCCGCUGGGUGGUCAAGUGUCUGGAAAUGAUUGGAAACACGAUGGGUAUCGACCUGGCACUUGCAGUGGCGGAUAUAGUUGCUGCUGAUCCUGGAGUUUUACAUCCUGUGACUGAGGAAGAAGACACCCUUUGA